CCUGCCCCGCCCCGCCCUGCCCUGCCCUGCCGGCCGUCGGUGCCGGGUGCCGCCGGCCCGCUCCCUCGGUGGCGCCGGGGGUCCUCCCGCUGCCAGGCCUCGCCCCGCCCGCGCGCUGAUGGGCCUGGCGGAGCCGGCGCCAUGGCGGCCCUGUACCAGAGCGCGGACCCGUCCGCUUCGGCCUCGCCCAACAAGCUGCUGGCGCUGAAGGAUGUGCGGCAGGUGAAGGAAGAGACCACGCUAGACGAGAAGCUUUUCCUGCUGGCCUGCGACAAAGGUGAUUAUUACAUGGUUAAGAAACUCUUAGAAGAAAACAGCUCGGGUGAGAUGAACAUAAAUUGCGUAGAUGUGCUUGGAAGAAAUGCUGUUACCAUAACCAUUGAAAAUGAAAAUCUGGACAUACUACAGCUUCUCCUGGAUUAUGGGUGCCAGUCAUCAGAUGCACUUUUGGUGGCUAUUGACUCGGAAGUGGUGGGAGCUGUUGACAUUCUACUGAAUCACCGACCGAAAAGAUCCUCCAGGCCAACCAUUGUAAAACUAAUGGAACGCAUUCAGAACCCGGAAUACUCAACAACCAUGGAUGUGGCACCUGUCAUCUUAGCUGCUCAUCGCAACAACUAUGAAAUUCUCACCAUGCUGUUAAAGCAAGACAUAUCAUUACCCAAGCCUCAUGCUGUAGGCUGUGAAUGCACACUCUGUACUGCAAAAAACAAAAAAGACAGUCUGCGACAUUCCAGAUUUCGUCUUGACAUCUACCGGUGUUUGGCCAGUCCUGCUCUAAUAAUGUUGACGGAGGAGGAUCCAAUUCUGCGAGCUUUUGAACUUAGCGCAGACUUGAAAGAAUUAAGUCUUGUUGAGGUUGAGUUCAGAAAUGAUUAUGAGGAGCUAGCUCAGCAGUGCAAAACCUUUGCUAAAGACUUACUUGCACAAGCAAGGAAUUCACGGGAGCUGGAAGUUAUUCUGAAUCAUACAUCUAGUGAUGAACAUGUAGACAAACGAGGGCUGCUGGAAGAGAGGAUGAACCUAAGUCGCUUAAAACUUGCAAUCAAGUAUAAUCAGAAAGAGUUUGUUGCUCAGUCUAACUGUCAGCAGUUUCUCAAUACUGUGUGGUUUGGACAGAUGGCAGGCUAUCGACGCAAGCACACAUGCAAAAAAAUUUUGACUGUUUUGAUGGUUGGCAUUUUCUGGCCAGUUCUGUCCCUGUGUUACUUAAUAGCACCUAAAUCACGAGUGGGUCGUAUAAUUCACACUCCGUUUAUGAAGUUUAUUAUUCAUGGAGCUUCGUAUUUCACAUUUCUUCUGCUACUUAAUUUGUACUCUCUUGUCUACAAUGAGAAUAAGAAGAAUACGAUGGGACCAGCCCUUGAGAGAAUAGACUAUCUGCUGAUAAUAUGGCUAAUUGGAAUGGUGUGGUCAGAUGUUAAAAGACUCUGGUAUGAUGGUUUAGAAGACUUUUUAGAAGAGUCACGUAAUCAGCUUAGUUUUGUCAUGAAUUCCUUGUAUUUGGCAACCUUUGCUCUCAAAGUAGUUGCCCAUAACAAGUUUCAUGAUUAUGCUGAAAGAAAGGACUGGGAUGCAUUUCAUCCUACACUAGUGGCAGAAGGUCUUUUUGCAUUUGCUAAUGUUCUGAGUUAUCUGCGUCUGUUCUUCAUGUACACAACCAGCUCUAUUCUGGGACCACUCCAGAUUUCAAUGGGACAGAUGCUGCAAGAUUUUGGAAAAUUUCUGGGCAUGUUCCUCCUCGUUUUGUUCUCGUUCACAAUUGGAUUGACACAACUUUAUGAUAAAGGAUUUACUGUAAAUGAAGAAGAAAGGGACUGUGCGGGUAUUUUUUGUGAAAAGCAGAGCAACGACACAUUCCAUUCGUUCAUUGGCACGUGCUUUGCUUUGUUCUGGUAUAUUUUCUCACUGGCACACGUAGCAAUCUUUGUCACGCGCUUUAGCUAUGGUGAAGAAUUACAGUCUUUUGUGGGUGCUGUUAUUGUUGGCACCUACAAUGUGGUGGUUGUGAUAGUACUAACUAAACUCCUCGUGGCGAUGCUUCAUAAGAGUUUUCAGCUGAUAGCAAAUCAUGAAGAUAAGGAAUGGAAAUUUGCUCGUGCCAAACUCUGGCUUAGCUAUUUUGAUGACAAAUGCACUCUACCUCCGCCUUUCAAUGUGAUUCCAUCUCCCAAGACUAUCUGUUAUCUUUUCAACAGUCUCAGUAAAUGGAUUUGCUCUCAUACAUCAAGUGGCAAAGUGAAACGGCAGAAUAGCCUUAAGGAAUGGAGGAAUCUGAAGCAGAAGAGAGAUGAGAAUUAUCAAAAGGUGAUGUGUUGCUUAGUUCACCGUUAUUUGACAUCCAUGAGGCAAAAGAUGCAAAGCACAGAUCAGGCAACUGUGGAAAACCUAAAUGAGCUGAGGCAAGACUUAUCAAAAUUCCGCAAUGAAAUGAGAGACCUACUUGGCUUUCGAACUUCAAAAUAUGCUAUGUUUUAUCCAAGGAAUUAAGGUCUAACUUUUCAAAUGGAAAGUUCACCUUAGUUGAAAGUGGGGACCUAAUUUUAUUGCCAGACUAAUGGGAAAAGGAGAUUGUUGCACAGCAGUACAUUUGGAAAUACUUGUGUGAGCUUGUAGGUAGAUAAGAAAGUGAAGGAAAUAAAUGCAAAACUAGUUACAGUAGUUUUCUUAAGCUCUUAAACAUAAUGUGUAUAUAAAAUCUGUAUAUAAGUAUUUUUUUUAAUGUUCCUCAGACUAUGGCUGUCAGGUGUCAGAGCUUCAUAACUAGCACAAUACGUUUAUUUCUUCUAUUUUUGCUGCUUGUUCCUUUUUGAUACUUGCUUUUUUAAGUUGUUGGAG